AUGACUCUCAUACGUCGUGAUGUGAAAGGCGGAAAACGAGCAGGCUACAAGCCAGGAGCCAAAAUCUGGGAAGAAGUGGUCAAAGAAUUGCGCUGUGUGCAUGAAAUCAAAAACAAGGAUGAAUUAUGCUGUGGCCGUGCUAUAGUCGUCAUGCGAGAACAUGCCAAGAAAAAAGCAGGCGAAAAGAACUGUUACGAAAAUAUUCGCCAAGAUCGAGGCAAGAACAGUCAGCAACUGAAAGAAGCCAAACAGCUAUACAAAGAAGCAGGCGUGCCCGAAGGAUCAUGUGGGUACGAAGAAAUUCAAAAAUUUCAAGACUAUUUGGGUCCUAAGGGUUACCAACUGAUUGUCGUUGACCCAGUACGUGGCGGGGUGAUAUUUACUGGAGAAGCAUACAAGUUUGCGCCUAAAGUGAUACAGAUUGUGAAAACCUAUUAUGAGGACAGUGAUGGAAAAACAAAGGCUCAUUACGAUGGUGUAUAUAGUGUGGCAGCUGUGAUGAACCGUUGCAAGUUUUGUCGUUAUUGUUGCAAGGGUUACAAUACAGAAGAUGCCAAACACCAUAAUUGUUUGCAUGCCAAUUGCCCUAGCUGUAUGCGUCGUAGGAACAAGACAUCGAAGGGGUGUCUCGACUACACUGGUUGGAGUAAACCGACCAUCACCUGUCGCAAAUGUUGCAGGUCAUUUUAUGGGGAAGAUUGUUACCAGGACCAUUUGAUUCAAAAGAAACAAACAGAAACCAAAAUGGAAGCAGAUUUGAUCUAUCAAGUAGCGUUGGAUAAUGACAUUGUGAUCCCACGUAAAGAAGCUAUGAAAAGUGUGUGUGAGAUGCAUCGUAAAUGUCAGACAUGUUUGGUCUCUUACAAAGUGAAAGAAGGAGUGACCCAUAAAUGUGGUCACGGUCAAUGUGCCAAUUGCUUGAACUAUGUCGACCUGUAUAACCACCAAUGUUUUAUUAUGAGUGACAUUUACAAGGCAAAUAAACGUUAUGACAACCAACAAAAAGCAGAAGACAAGAUUCUAGAAACCAUCAAAGAAAUGACGACUGAAGACGGGAAAAAAGUGAAAGAGGUUGCAACAAAACCUAUUACGAGGAAAGAACAGGAAGAGGCCUAUCUAAAAGAACAUCCACCAACACAACCAGUAGACGAACAAAGUAGACAAGAGUCCAUCGAGAGAGUUAAGAAACAGUUACAAGAUUUGGGGGUGGAUGUGACAGAGAUUCCCGAGGAUCAAUUAGAAGAGUUUCAAGGGGAUCAUUACAUGCUGACAGAAGGGAAGAAAGACAAACACAAAGAGCUCGUAUUUGCAGACAUUGAAUGUUGUAUUGAUGACCAAAGGCAGUUUACACCAAACCUCAUUUGUUUUGAACGAGAAACCUCAGACGAAAAAUACCAGUGUUGGGGUAGAACAUGUCUACGUGACUUUUAUAACAGGCUCAUGGCAAUGCUAAAAGAACUAGAAAAAGAAAACAAUUUGCGAUGGAAUCAACUAGAAAUGCAAGUAUACUUUCACAAUUUUAGAGGAUUUGAUGGCGUGUUUAUCAUCAAGCAGCUGUAUGACAUGAACCUGAAAGUGUCUAAAGUGCUGAUGACGGGUCAGAAGAUCUUGUACUUUGAAUGUGACAGACUAAAGUUCAAGGACUCUAUGUCCUUUUUGAAUAUGCCGUUGGAGAAUUUUACCAAGACGUUUGGUUUGACUGAGCUGAAGAAGGGCUACUUUCCUCAUUCAUUUAACAGAAAAGAAAACCAGAACUACGAAGGACCAUUGCCUGACCUAAAGUAUUAUGAGACUAAUUGCAUGAACACCAAGAAAAAAGAAGCCGUGGAAAAAUGGCAUGCGGAGGAAAUGUUGAAGGGAGAAAGCUGGAAUUUUGAAAAGGAACUAUUGGAGUACUGUGAAAGCGAUGUCAAGUUACUGAAGGAAGGCUGUCUAACUUUUGCUGCCGAUUUUGAAAAGGAGUGCAAGUUUAAUCCGUUGAAAGAAAAUAUCACCAUUGCCAGUGCCUGUCACAACUUUUGGCGGAAUAACCAAAUGAUUCCCUACUCCAUUGCUGUGGAACCACCCCAUGGAUGGAGUGGGAUGAAACCUGCUCAAAGCAAGAUUGGAUUUCAGUGGCUGCAUAUCCAAGACCAAAAGCUGGGUGGCAAUAGAAUCAAGCAUGCAGCGAAUGGCGGGGAACAAACUCUCAUGAUAGAAUCGUGGGGGAAAGUACGUGUAGAUGGCUAUGAACCCAUCAAGAAAACAGUCUUCGAGUUUCACGGCUGCGAGUUUCAUGGCUGCCCUAAAUGUAAGCCAAACAAUCGACAUGUCAAAACUUGGCACCACCCAGACCGCACUGUCGAGGAAAUGUAUCAUCUGACUCAAAAGAAAACAGAGGUGUUAAGGAAAGCUGGUUACACAGUCAAAGUGGAAUGGGAAUGUAACUUCAAACGAAAACUUGCAACUGAUCCUGAGUUACAAGACAUGAUCAAAGAUUUGGAAUGGACGGCUCCUUUAAACCCCAAAGAAGCCUUGUUUGGAGGCCGUACUGGUGCUGCGACCCUGUACUCCAAAACGGCCGAAGAUGAAGAGAUCAGCUAUGUGGAUUACACGUCAUUGUACCCAUGGGUCAACAAAUAUGGGACUUAUCCAUUGGGUCACCCAACCAUCAUUGUCAACCCUGUAAACCAGAACAUUGGCGAUUACUUUGGUGUGGCAAAAGUGGAUAUCCUGGCUCCUGAAGGUUUGUUUCAUCCCGUAUUGCCUAUGAAAAUUGAUGACAAAUGUAUGUUUACUUUGUGUGCUACCUGUGCCCAAGAACAAUUGGAACAACCAUGGCAUGAAAGAACUAACCUUUGUAACCAUACAGACAAGGAACGACUAAUGACCGGUGUUUGGUGUACCGAGGAACUCAAAAUGGCCGUACGUAAAGGCUACAAAAUUUUGAAGAUUCAUGAGGUGUGGCAUUGGAGUGAGAACGAAAGAAAGACAGGGUUGUUUGCUCCCUACGUCAACAAAUUUUUGAAAGCUAAACAGGAAGCCAGUGGCUGGCCAAGUGAUUGUGUAACGGACCAACAAAAGGAAGCGUACAUUGCUGAGUAUGAAGUACAUGAAGGGAUUAAGUUGGAUUCAGACAAGAUUGAGGUCAAUCCAGGACGCAAGGCGGUAGCCAAAGUUAUGUUGAACAGUUUUUGGGGCAAAUUUGGCGAGGCCGACAACAAACCCACCACCAGUACCAUCCAGAAAGUAGCAGAUUGGGAAAAACUGAUCAACGAUGAUACGGUCAUGGUUAAAAGUGUCAAUGUGUAUAGUGAAGAGGUCAUGGAAGUGACGACAGUAAAAAAAGAAGGCGCAUGGGCUCCUAAUACAAGGGGUAAUAUUUUUAUUGCCUUGUUUACCACAGCCAUAGCUAGACUCAAGUUGUAUGAAGCCUUGGAUGUAUUGCAACAAAGAGUCCUGUAUUACGAUACAGACUCAGUCAUCUAUAAGAGCAAACACGGUCAAGACAGAUUACCACUGGGCAAAUUUUUAGGUCAGUUUACAGAUGAGACAGGGGGAGAUACCAUAGAAGAGUUCGGAUCAGCAGGACCGAAGUCCUACAGUUAUAAGACCAAUGGAGGUAAGACCGAAUGCAAAAGCAAGGGGUUAAAAAACACACAUGCUGUGAGACAAGUGUUGAAUUGUGGGUCCAUGUUGAAUCACAUUCAGUUGGAACUGAAAGACCCAGAAGAAAGCAAGCGUCAGUUAAAAACCACUAUUUUUAAUCAUUUUGUCAGGAAUAGUAAAGUCAAAAGCAUUCAUUUAGAGGAUAUGGUUAAAGUAUUCCAAGUGAAUUGGGAUAAGCGUGUGGUAGAAAAAGGAACAGGGGUGACUUAUCCUUAUGGCUACGUUAGAAUGUAA